UGAAUCCAAAAACAAACAAAUCCAACUCUCACCAAAAAGAAUGACUACAAAACUCAAUCUCCUCUUCACGAUUUUGCUUCUCACACUAACACUCUCUCACUCACGCCCGAGCCGACCCGAAUCAUCAUCAUCAACCGGAUUCUACUCAGAUCAGCUCAAGAAAAACUCCAAAGGUAAAUAUAACAAGAAUGACAAGGGCUAUGGAUCAGGAGGAUACCCUGGCCUUGGAACCGAACCAGCAACCGGUUUUACUUUACCGGGUUCCGGUCCUGGUGGUAGUUACAGCGAACUUAGCGGCGAAAAUAACAAAGGACGUGUGGUGAGACCAACGGUGGUGUGUAAAGAGAAAGGUCAUUGUUACAUGCAACAAGGAGCUGACUUGUCCGGCGAAGUGUUUCAAGUCUUUAAGCAGGAACGUCAAAGUAUACAUUGGUAGUGGUGGAGGCGGUGGUUGCACCAUUGAUUGUAAGAAGUGUGGCUUAUUGUUGAAAUGUGAAUGUCGUGGGAAAUGUUUAUUUAUAUAAUAUAAUAGCAUAUAGUCU